AUGGGUAAGUCUACAGAGGAUGCAUAUGAGCUACUUGAAGAAAUGGCUUCCAACAAUUAUCAAUGGUCUACUGAGAGAGGUAUGCCUAAGAAAGCCUCAGGUAUGUAUGAAGUUGAUGGCAUCAAUAUGUUAAACGCCAAGGUAGACAAUCUUGUAAAAAUUUUUGGUAAGUUGGGGAAUGGCAAUGCUGUUUAUUCUAAUUCCAAUUCUGCCAGUAAUUGUGAUUGGUAUGAGAAUUCUCACUUGGGUUCUGAUUGUAUGCAGGUUGAGCAAGCUCAGUAUAUUUCAAAUUAUAACAUGCAAAACCAGCAAAAUAACCCAUAUUCUAAUAGCUAUAAUGCAGGUUGGAGAAAUCACCCCAAUUUUUCCUGGAGGGAUCAGGGUAGCAGUAGCAAUUCUAGGCCUAACAAUCCUCCUGGUUUUCAACCAAGACCUCAAGGAGUGAUGCAACAACAACCAGAAAGCAAGCCAUCUUGGGAGUUGGCAAUUGAAAAGUUAGCUAAUGCCACUGCAAAUAGAUUUGAAAAGUUGGAGGAAAAAGUAGACCAGAUGGCCAAUUUCAACAGAAAUUUGGAAGUUCAAUUAGGGCAGAUCUCAAAUGCUAUAAAUUCAAGAGAUCAAGGUAAGUUGCCCAGCAAAACUGAGGUGAAUCCAAGAGAGGAAGUCAAGGCAGUGACAUUGAGAAGUGGUAAGCAACUUGGUGAGGUAAGUAGCGAACAUGUUACAGGUGAUAUUGAUAAAAAGAAUAAUGUUGAGAUUAGUGAUGAGAAUGAGAAGAAUGAGAUACCAUCUCUAACACCACUUGUUAAACCUUAUGUUCCUCCUAUCCCUUUUCCUCAAAGGCUUAAACAGAAUAAGGUUGACAAACAGUUUGAAAAUUUUCUUGAAGUUUUUAAGCAAUUGCGCAUUAACAUUCCAUUUGCAGAUGCUUUAGCGCAGAUUCCUGCUUAUGCAAAAUUUUUGAAAGAAAUUAUGUCAAACAAGAGAAAGCUAGAGGAUUAUAAGACUAUUGCCUUAACUAAAGAAUGCAGUGCCAUGAUUCAAACAAAUUGCCUCCGAAACUCAUGGAUCCAGGGAGCUUUUCUAUUCCUUGCACUGUUGGGAGUAGUGGAAGACAUUUUGGUAAAAGUAGAUAAAUUUAUUUUUCUUGUUGACUUCAUUGUUUUGGACAUGGAAGAAGAUUAUGAUAUGCCCCUAAUUUUAGGGAGACAUUUUCUUGCCACAGGGAGAGCUUUGAUUAAUGUUCAACAAGGAACACUUAGCCUUAGAAUUUAUGAUGAGACAGUUACUUUUAAUGUGUUUAAGGCUACGAAACAUUCUAAUGGCAAUGAAAAAGAAGUAUUAAGGAUAGAUGACAUUGAUGAUUUAGCAGAGAGAUUAGAUGAGCCUAUAGAAAAUUGCAUUGCUAAUUUUUUUGAUGAGCAGGAACAAAUUUUAAAUGCCAAAAACAAAGCUGGGGCCAUGGGCUAUUUGGAGAAAAAACAAAAAGGUUAUCCAUCCAAAAGAGACAACUUGCUACUUUUGGAUGUUUCUUCUCCUUCUUCAAAAGCCAAACCACCAAGUUGUGAAAAGGAAAAAUUAAUAAGGGUACUUAGAGAGCAAAAGAAGGGGAUUGGAUGGAAAGUUGUUAACAUUCAAGGGAUAAGUCCAUCAACCGACAUGCACAAAAUUUUGACAGAAGAAGGAUUCAAGCCUCCGUGA